UUGUCGAAUGUUUGGCUAGUUGCGAGUCCAACACCAGGAAGGGAGAUGAGCUAAUUGCUAAAUGCUCGAAGCUGCCGUUGCUUUGUAGCGAUGAAAGCCCACCGAGUUCACCUAUUGUUGGUAUUUUAGUAACACAACGUGAUUCAACGAACAUUUCGCCUGCUUUCAUUCUUCUACGUCGCCCCUCCUGUGUUGUUGGGAUACCGUUAGCAACCGAGGGGCUGUCAAUCGAUUCGUCCAUCCUUUUGGCUUGUAGUGUAGUUUCUCGUUCUCUCUGCGGGAAUAUGGCCGUGGCGCACCAAGGUGGCGUCGUGGCUGGAUUACUACUACUAUUUUUUCUGGGUGGAUGCAAGGCAAGGAUACACAAACUCACCCUGAAGAAUGAAUCUCGCUCUUUCGUCCACCUCAACACUUUUGGCUUUUAUGCCAACGGUACUCUGGAUGUGAACCUACAUUCACUCCGUCUCCAGCAACAACUUGUCAACUACAGUUUGAACCCGGUUGGGUUCACCCUCUCCAGGGCCCGCGUGAGUGGAGUUUUGUCUUACACUGCUGAAGAGACUGGGACGUGCCCUCUCACGAUCACUAAAGUGACCAGCAAUGAACCUCUUAUCCUUUUUCUUAUUAAUAUCAACAGCCCCAGCGUCAAUGUGCGUGUCUUCGGAACUCAAGACAGCGUACUGACUGCUAAACUGAAGGCCAAUGUGCCAACCAAAGAGAAAGGUCAGAAGUCUAAACGGCAGGCUCCUGAGCCGGCUCCAGGAAAUUCAGCAGCAGGAGUUAAAGAUGGCAAUAAAGAUUCUGCCACAACUGCGGAUAAAGCAAAGGCGAAAGCUAAUACGGAGCCCGUUGAUCCAAAGAAAGAGGAUAAAAUAACAGAAAAGACCACGACGGAUAUCCAGUUGGGGUCCACCAAAGAGAUCACACUCGCUUUGGAUAAGAUUAACGACACCUACGCCUUCAAUUUCCACCUACUUUUGGGACAACUUUCCGAAGGGCUGUACAACUUUAACUUCUACUAUUGCCAGAACAUGGUCCCUGGAAUUGCCCUGCCAUACUCCUUUACUCUGGAAGUGACCGAAAAGAAUCCCGGUGGCUUCUUGUCGGCGGCCGAAAUCCCGCUCUCCCGCCUCUACAUCGGAAUGGCCGGCGUCUUUUUCGGGGCCGCCUUGUUGUGGGUUUACACGCUUAUGAAGCACAGGUACAGCGUUUUUAAGAUCCACUGGCUGAUGGCGGCGCUGGCUUUCACCAAGUCCACUUCGCUGGUUUUCCACAGCAUCAACUAUCACUUCAUCAACACCGAGGGACAUCCCAUCGAGGGCUGGGCUGUCAUGUAUUACAUCACUCACCUGCUUAAGGGGGCGCUGCUGUUCAUCACCCUGGCGCUGAUCGGUACCGGCUGGGCUUUCGUUAAGUACAUCCUGUCUGAUAAGGAGAAGAAAAUCUUCAUGAUCGUCAUCCCACUGCAGUGCCUGGCCAACGUGGCUUACAUCAUCAUCGAGUCGACUGAAGAAGGCUCCAGCGAGUAUCCGCUGUGGAAGGAGAUCCUCUUCCUUGUGGACCUCAUCUGCUGCGGUGCCAUCCUCUUCCCUGUUGUCUGGUCCAUUCGUCACCUGCAAGAGGCUUCCAGCACAGAUGGAAAAGCUGCCAUGAAUUUGGAGAAACUUAAACUCUUCCGUCACUACUAUGUCAUGAUCGUGUGUUACAUCUACUUCACAAGGAUUAUCGCUAUUCUGCUCAAGGUUACCAUGCCUUUCCAAUGGCAGUGGUUCUACGAGUUCCUAGUAGAGGUGUCCACGCUCAUCUUCUUCGUGUUGACGGGCUACAAAUUCCGACCGGCCUCCAACAAUCCGUAUCUCCAGCUGCCGCAGGACGAAGAAGACGAAGAGAUGGAUGAAAUAGUGACCGAGUCGGGCGCCCUGGAAGGCAUUUCCAAAGUCAAGAAGACGUCUAAUGGACGCGAGCGGCAAAAGGAGGCCACCUUGUGAGCGGGAGGCGGGGCUUCAUUCAGGGAGGAGAGUCACAUGACCAGCUGGCGCUGAGUGGCACACAACACAGACCUUUCCCUUUUUUCAGAUGCUCCUUCCUGGCUAUGCAAACAGACUUUUACAGGUUUUUGGACGGACAAACGGACCUUGCCCUCGAUCCAAAGACCAUUUUAGCUUUCCAGGUGUGUGCGUUUCUAUUUAAGUGGAAUAUUUACAGGAACUGGUGCAUCUAUUGAGCGUGUGCACGGAACACAAGCUCAGGUUACGCCGACGUUAGGGUUGCUUAUUUGGCCGAUUCUAGUAUUACACCUAAAAUCCAUCACAACUGUAUUUUUUGUUUCAACUUUAAACACGAUCACAAUAUUGCAUUUUUCAGCCGACAACCCGUAAAUACGAUGCCUAUUUUAACGGAUAAUUCAGAGUUAAUUGUAUUGAAAGGUGUGUAGUGAGUGUAAAUAUUGAUGUGAGGACUCAUUUGGUUUAAUAUGGAUCAAUUGAACUGAAGUUUCUUUUCAUGUCUGUGACCUGUUAAUAAUAAAGAUGGUGUUCUGGG